AGCAUUUCCAGCUGCUCUUACUCCGUACUUGUAUCUGCUUUCUCUCCUCUAGUCAUUCUCUUGUGCACGCCUGUCGCUCAUUUUGACUCUCCUCUCCUCUCGUUUCGUUCGCCCUGACACCCGCCUCCCCGGAUCGUGGAUGUCCAAUGGAGCCAUGUCGACAAGCGCACCCCCAGCCCCAAUCACCCGGCACGAUGUCAACGAGACAACACCGUCCCCGAAGCCGAAGAAGCAGCAGGUCAAGACUGCGACGAUACGCUACCCAUUCUGGUUUGGCGGCAGCGCAGCAUCCAUGGCUGCGGUAGUCACACAUCCUCUGGAUCUAGUGAAAGUCCGACUCCAAACCCGCCCGCCCUCCGCCCCUACCAACACCCUCGGCACAUUCACCUACAUCCUCAAGCACGACGGACCAGUGGGGCUGUACGCAGGACUCUCCGGCGCCCUGCUGCGCCAACUCACAUACUCGACCGUGCGCUUCGGCGUGUAUGAAGACCUCAAGACCCGCUUUGCUCCCGUUCCCACGGCUGACAAUCCCGCUCCACGCCCAUCGCUCUUGAACCUCGUCCUCAUGUCCUCCGUGGCCGGAUUUUUGGGUGGCAUUGCCGGCAAUCCGGGCGACGUUCUAAACGUGCGCAUGCAGUCCGACGGAUCUAAACCGCCUGAGGCCCGACGCAAUUACAAACACGCGCUUGACGGCAUCGUCCGUAUGGUCCGUGAAGAAGGCGUCGUUUCCCUAUUCCGCGGCGUCGAAGCGAACAGCACCCGCGCGCUGCUCAUGACAGCAUGUCAGCUUGCCAGUUACGAUGUGUUCAAACAAAUGUGUUUGAAAAAUCUGGGCAUGGCGGACAAUUUCAGCACCCACUUCACGGCUAGUCUUGCAGCUGGCUUCGUUGCGACAACGCUAUGCAGCCCCGUCGACGUGAUCAAGACGCGUGUGAUGAGCGCCGGGGCGAAGACGAGCGUCUUGCACCUGCUGGGCGAGGCAAGUCGCAAAGAAGGUCUGCUGUGGAUAUUCCGUGGGUGGGUGCCGAGUUUUGUAAGGCUAGGUCCGCAGACCAUAUGCACCAUGGUCUUCUUCGAGCAGCAUAAGAAAUUGUACAGGAGGUGGAAGGGGAUUGAGGAGCCUGCUGUUUAAAGAAUUUGCAUUGGGAGUUUGGUUACCCCGAACCAUUGGGAUGGAGUAUCAUCAUUUGGCGUUAUGAGAAAUGAGGUGCAUUGUUAUAGAUUUUGGACACAGAGAACAGCUUGUGUUCUUGUCGAUCCUGGAUUUGCCAGGUCUGAACAUUCCCGUCAACCUCAUGGAUUGUCCGCAUUUGAGAUGUAUAUACAAGUUGGAUUAGUUUUGUCAUAUACCCGAAUGAUCUCACGGAUAAUUAUCAUCUUCC